GCGUCGGGGGGCAGAAAACCAGGAGGGCGCCGGGCGGGGGGCCAGCCGGGCGGGCCGGGCAGUCUGGAGGCCCGCGGGCGGAGGAGAAGGCGCCAGCCGGCCGGAGGGGGAGGCUCCCGUUGCCUCUCUGGAUGCCGCUGCGCCCGGGCGCAAGUGGCGCGCCUCUCUGUCCGGGCUUGGGACGAUGACCAUGAACUCGCUGGCCGAGAGCCUGCUGGCGCCGCCGGACCUCUCCAAGCCGGCUUUCCUGGGCUUCGGGCUGGGCCCGUCGCCGCCCCCCCUGCCCCAGCAGGCGCCCUACCCCCUGCAAGCGCUGCACUCCCCGCCCGACGCCGGCGCCUUCCCGCCCGCAGCCCCUUCCUACGGCAGACCCCCGGCGUACCCCUCUUACCCCGCGGCGGCGGCGGCGGCCGGCGGCAGCCCCCACGCCUUCUACCACCACGGAGCCUCCUACUCGCCUUACCAGCAGCCCCCCAGCGCCCUGGGCCACGGCACGAGGCUGGAGGAGACGGAUCUGGAAAAAUCCACCAUCAUUGAGAAUGGGGAAAUCCGCAUCAACGGGAAAGGGAAAAAGAUCCGCAAGCCACGCACCAUCUACUCCAGUCUCCAGCUCCAGGCCCUGAACCAACGCUUCCAACAGACCCAGUACCUGGCCUUACCUGAACGGGCAGAACUAGCAGCACAGUUGGGCUUAACUCAGACGCAGGUCAAGAUCUGGUUCCAGAACAAGCGUUCCAAGUUCAAAAAGAUCAUGAAGCAGGGCUCCAGCAUCCAAGAAGACCAUCUUCACAGUUCUUCGUCUUUGUCCCCAUGUUCUCCCAACAUGCCCCCACUCUGGGACAUCCCCAUGGCGUGCAAAGGAACCCCUCUGCCUCCCAGCGGCUACAUCAACAGCUUUGGACCUUGGUACCACCAGACCCAACACCAAGACGUGAUGGGGAGGCCUCCGGUGAUGUGACAUCACAAGCUCUCGGGGCACCCAUCUGCCUCGAAGCCAGGAUCCGGGUCCCUGGAGCACGGAAGCCGGGGCGUGUACAGGAAGGAUCGGUCCUUUGAAGGACUCACCAGCAGGUCUCUUCCCAAGAGCAGCUGUCUGGCUGGAGAUGCAAAGGACUUUUUCUGAACUGUUGACCAAUGGGAUUCUCAAUUGUGGCAGCAAAUGUGAGCUGAAGCCGGGGAGAGACCUCCCUCUGCCCACUGAAACGUGACCAGAAGUCUGGCUCCCAUUUCAAGCAGCAUCUCUUCAUCAGGGAAUUCGCAAGGCCGGGGUUCGUGUUUUGUUCCGAGGGGACAAAGCCCAACCAUUUCAUCUAGUGGUGUUAGCAAAAUUAGAAUCGCGGCCAUUCCCGCCCCCCACUGGUAGGCCCUGCAGCUUUAAAAAGAGGCAGAAAUUAAAUGGGUAAUGUUUUUUUUUCUCAGCAUGGAAGGAACAAGAGAACUUCAUUUGUUGAAUUUCUGCUGUUGCUGGUACAGACAACUGCAGGGGCACGGGGGGAGGGGGGUGUUUGGCAGUCCUAAUUAGCAUAGCAGGAUUUUGAACUUCAGAAAGCUCUUCUUUGGACAUAGAAAAGGAAUGACAAACUGUUUAGAAAUACAUGACAUCAGGAUUUGUGGGGAUAGAAGACAGGUUAGCUUGGAGACCACAAUCCAACAGGUCAGAUUCAGCCAGCUUUUUCACUGAAUCUUGCCCAAUUGUCUGCCCCACUUCAAGCCCCAUCUCAAAUGAAGAAGAGGAUUUAUACCCCACCUUUCUCUUCCAUAAGAAAACUCAAGGUGGCUUACAAACUCCUUUCCCUUCCUCUCCCCACAACAGACAUCUUGUGAGGUAGGUGGGGCUGAGAGUUCA